CACAUGUUUGGUCUUUUGUGUUCUGUUGUGGUGGCUCAUUUCCUAGUGCUUUGCAAAUGUAGUGGGAUGAAGUUCCUCGGUUGUAAGCCUUCCACUCUUCCACUUCUUGUUUUUUAUUUUGGUUUUUGCACGUGAUGAUUUUACCAGACCAAGAACUGGGUCGCUAACUGGUCACGAAGUAUUUAUCCCGUGAUCUUUAGUCUGUGGGUGGGAUACUCCGACUAAUCAAUUAUCCAUGAAAUUCGUCUGAGCAUUUAUCCAAUUGUGCUUUUAACCCCUAUUUAUCCAGGUUUUGAAGCCUGUGCAGCCUUAGUUUGGUAAAAGUCUUGAGCUUUUGUUGUUGUUGUGAAGCUCUGGUGUGGUGAAUUAUUAUUAUUUUUUUGAAGAAAUGGAACACUUGGGGUUUAUGCCAGUGAUAGUUUUGGUAGGGGUAUUCCUUACCGGUUCUGUGUACUCCCAAAGUCCUGCUGUUGUGAACGUUGGUGCAAUUUUUACUCAAAAUUCGGUUAUUGGUAGAGCAGCCAAGGUGGCGAUGGAAGCAGCUGUCUCUGAUGUCAAUGCAGACCCAACAAUUCUCAAAGGGACAAAGCUAAGGUUUAUCAUGGAUGAUGCAAAUUGUAGUGUCUUCUUGGGGUCCGUUGGAGCUUUUCGGUUACUUGAGAAAGGGGUAGUGGCGAUAAUUGGUCCACAGUCCUCUGCUAUAGCUCAUAUGAUUUCUGAGAUUGCUAAUGGUCUCCAAGUGCCUCUUGUUUCAUAUGCUGCCACUGAUCCAACACUCUCUGCCCUCCAAUUCCCAUUCUUCCUUCGAACUACACAAAGCGAUGCCUUCCAAAUGGCCGCUAUGGCUGACUUAAUUGACUUUUAUGGAUGGAAAGAGGUCAUUGCCAUAUAUGUGGAUGAUGACUAUGGGAGAAAUGGGAUAUCUGCUUUAGAUGACGAACUUCACAAGAGGGCAUUGAAGAUUGCUCAGAAGUUGCCUUUGACUAUUCAGUUUGAUCUAAACAACAUCACUGAUAUGCUUAAUAAAUCUAGAUUGCUCGGUCCUCGUGUUUAUGUUGUUCAUGUUGGUCCUGACCCCAAAAUGAGAUUAUUCACCAUAGCUCAAAAACUCCAAAUGAUGACCAGCAACUACGUAUGGCUUGCGACAGAUUGGCUUUCUGCUACCUUAGAUUCAUUCUCUCCAAUGACUGAAUCUUCACUCCAUAUACUCCAAGGGGUAGUUGGGCUUCGUCAACAUACUCCAGAGUCCAUCCGAAAGAGGGCUUUUGUGUCUCGAUGGGGAAAAAUGCUAGAUGAGGGUUUAGCAAGUUCUGAGCUAAAUACGUAUGGACUCAAUGCUUAUGACACAGUAUGGGCAGUUGCACAUUCAAUCGAUAAUUUUGUAAAAGAACACAGAAAUAUCACAUUCUCUUUUAACGAUAAGUUACUCAAAAUGAACCCGAGUAAAAUUCAGCUGAACAAGCUCAAAGUCUUUGAUGGUGGAUCUAUUCUGCUGGAGAAAUUAUUGGAGACAAGCUUCACUGGUUUAAGUGGUCAAGUACAAUUUAACCAAGAUCAGAACAUUGUAAGUGGUGGUUAUGAUGUCAUUAAUAUUGACCAGAUGGCAGUUCAUGUGGUCGGUUAUUGGUCUAAUUCCUCAGGUUUUUCAGUUUUACCCCCAGAAAAUAUUAAAAGUGAAGAAAACAGUUAUUCCCACUUGCAUCAGAAGCUUAACAUGGUUACUUGGCCUGGUGGAAGUAAGGAAAGGCCACGAGGUUGGGAAAUUGCAGAUAAUGAGAGACCGUUGAGGAUCGGAGUGCCAAACAGAGCAAGUUUUGUUGAAUUUGCUACUAAACUGCACAACAACCAAAACAUGCAAGGAUACUGCAUUGAUUUGUUCAUUGAAGCACAGAAAUUAGUCCCAUACGACAUUCCUUACAGAUUUGAGCCUUUUGGGGAUGGUCACUCCAAUCCCAAUUACAACGAUCUUGUAAAGAUGGUUGCAGAUGAGGUGUUUGAUGCUGCUGUCGGGGACAUUGCAAUUGUGACAAACAGGACAAAGAUUGUGGAUUUUUCGCAGCCAUAUGCUACUACCGGUCUUGUCAUAGUGGCUCCAGUCCGCAAUUCAAAAUCAAGUGCUUGGGUGUUUCUUAAACCGUUUACAGUGGAGAUGUGGUGUGUUACCGCAGCUUCUUUUGUAAUGAUUGCAGUAGUUAUUUGGAUUCUUGAGCAUCGAGUCAACAAUGAUUUCCGGGGUCCUCCUAAGAGGCAGCUUGUUACAAUGUUUCUGUUCAGCUUCUCGACAUUGUUUAAGACAAAUCAGGAAGCUACAGUUAGCCCACUUGGACGGAUGGUGAUGGUGGUUUGGCUAUUCCUAUUAAUGGUGGUCACAGCAAGUUAUACAGCAAGCUUAACUUCAAUUCUCACGGUUGAGCAGCUUUCAUCACCCAUCACAGGAAUUGAUAGCCUGGUUUCGAGUAACUGGCCUAUCGGGUAUCAAGAAGGUUCCUUUGCUUAUAGCUAUCUGACAGACAGUCUUUACAUACCUAGGUCAAGACUCAUUUCUCUGGGCUCCCCAGAAGCGUAUGAGAGAGCUCUACGACUUGGGCCAACUGAUGGAGGGGUAGCAGCUAUUAUAGAUGAGCUUACAUAUGUGGAGUUAUUUCUGUCAAAGCAAACUGAAUUUGGGAUUAUUGGGCAACCUUUUACCAGGAGUGGAUGGGGAUUUGCUUUCAGGAGAGAUUCCCCACUUGCUGUGGACAUGUCUACUGCAAUCUUGAAACUUUCUGAGAAUGGAGAGCUUCAGAAACUCCGUGAGAAGUGGUUCUGUAAGAUGGGUUGUCCAGGAGAGAGGAAAAGGAAUGCUCAGCCUAACCAACUCCACUUGAUCAGCUUUUGGGGUCUAUAUUUGUUAUGUGGUAUCUUCACUCUUGGUGCCUUUGUAGUGUUUCUGCUCCUCACGGUUUGCGAAUUCAUGCGUUACAAAAAACUGCAGGAGUCUUCUCCUUCAUCCUCAAUUCCACCAAAGGCUCACUGUUCUCAGGUCAUUUACAGCUUUUUGUGCUUCUUUGAUCAGAAGAAAGAAGCUAUAAAGAAAAUGUCUACGCAGCCUGUCAAUUCUCAAGGUCAGAUUUAGCGAAUUGAUAUGUAAAUAUAUACCAUGGGAGGACUACUUCAAGGGCUAUACCCUCUUUUUUUUUCAGAACAUGUUGAACAAGACGUAGUUUUUGUAGCGAAUUAAGUUGCCACGGUAUAGCAACACUUCAUAGCGAUGUACAUAUCGCUUUUCCCUUUUUCA